CUUCUCGGAAACAUCCAACAGGUGUUCCUGUCGAUCAACAAUUCUCCUUUGAUCCGACAAGGGCUGGCCCUCUUCGACUUCCAGAACAUCAUUCAUUGUUCUCAGCUUCUCUUUGAUCAGAGACUUACUCAGCAUCGUCACCUGUCACUCAUUUUCUUUCAUUCUCUGCGAGUUCAUCAUGUCGCUAUAGCCGGCACGAAACAUCAUCAGCAAAGACCUCUUUUCCUCCGACCCGGCCGAUUCACCCUAAUAUUUACAUCAUUCUCCCCGUCACGAACGGGGAGACAUCCGCCAUAACAACAAAAUGACCCUCCCCGAGCCCGAGGUUCCCUUGACAAAUGCGUGCGCCGUCAUUUUCGACAACACGCUUUAUACGUACUCGGCCGACGCGUUUCAGUCGCUACAGUUAAGCCCAGGCGCCAAGUGGAAGAAGUUGGAGCAGGGCGAGAAGGUCACGGGCGGCGUUUGCGUAGACGCGACAACAGGCACGGCAGCGACAUCUUCACUUUUUAUCGUCGGCGGAAAGGGACAAACGGAGGGCUACCAGGGCAUCCAAAAGUACACGUACUCGACAGGGAAAUGGGAGUCUCUUCAGUUGCCAGCACCGGUAACACAGGAUCGGUUACUACACGGCGCUGUUUAUCUUAACGCAACGGAUUCCAUCCUUGUUUACGCUGGCAACCAAGAUGGGUCAACCGGCCCAUCCACACAAACAUAUGCCAUCGGCGCGUCGGCACCGCAUGAUGUUCGAUCAUUCGAAGCCAACGUGCCGCCUGCGGUCAACCCGAUUCUUUUACCAUGGUCGGACAGCGAGGCUGUUAUGGUCGGUGGCAGCACCGCGAACAAACAGGUUAUGCUUUUUAAGCCUGAGACAGGGUGGAGGGACUCGGGAGCAACUCUUGCCGCGCCGAUCGCAUCAGCAAUUAAGGCGGCAUUGGUGCGCGGCGAUGAUGGAUCACAAAAUCUCUUCACCUUCGACAUGACACAGUCACCCAAUGUAGUGCAGCGGAUACUGUUAACUACUGGGCCCGAACAACCCAUUCAGAACGCUGGGCCAGCGACGAAGCGGGAUGUAACAGCAGAGGAGGAGGAACAGUCGACCAGCGAAAAGAGGAAUGUGUUGAACGUGUUGACCUGGCCGCAAUACAACGCGACUUUGGCACCCACCAGCACGAGGAGUAAUUAUGCGAUUGCGCAGGCACCUAAUGGGAUGGUUGUGUUUGUGGGAGGAAAUUCGGAGGAACCUCUGGGCAUGUUCAAUGCCAAGACCAACUCUUGGUAUAAUACGACGGACAUGUUGGUGGAUCAAAAGGUGUCCGUUGCCGACUUCACCUCUUCGAUAACCUCGGAAACAUCAAUAGCAACUUCCACAACUGCUUCGCAGACGACUUCUACGAGUCUGGCAAAGUCGGAAGCUCCGACGACGCUGGUCACCGCGACUCCCACGACAGCUUCCUCAGUUUCCCCUGUGAGUGCUGCUACCGCGGCUGUUAGCAGCAGUGCCGAGAGCUCGAACCAUUCCAAGUCCAACACAAAUAUCAUCCUUGCCGCAGUGUUGAGUUCAAUCUUUGGACUUGCCAUUGUCUUGUUCGCCAUCUACUUCUACAUCAAGAGGAAGGGUAGGAAGCAGGCACGCAACCAGACAGGCCGUGCAAGGAGUGGGAGCGGAGGACCUUACAACGAAAAGGCUGGCUACGGGUUCCCGCCAGAUACGAAGGGUCCCUUCCGUGGCCAUGGACACCAGGCGCAGGAUUCAUUUGGCUCCAUGUCAUCCCUGGCGAUGAUCGGCGGCGGUACAAACCAGCAGAAGCCGGGCCGCUCUUCCCCUGGCCGCAAGCUCAGCAUCAGCAACGGCUUCGGCAGGCGCAACUCGGACGACAGCACCUUCAAGGCGUUCAAGAGCACCAUCAGCAGGCCGAUUCCCGUUUCGCAAACCGUAUCCCCCGAGCCACCAGAGAAUCCGUUCUUGGCGCCACACGAAAAGGAAGUCUCAUUCGCACCCACCCCAGCCCAGCCAAUGCCUCGGAACCCUGCGGCCGCUGCCAACGUCGACCCGGAGACUCGGCGCAGCUCCGGAUGGAACCGGUAUUGGUCCGGCGGCUCAGCCCUCAACGUGAUCGGACUCGGCAACAACACCAACAGCGCCGUGGUCAACCAAGUCUCCCAACGAACCACCGUGGUCUCGGACGUGAGCUCCCACUACAGCCAGCAUACUCAGCAUAGAAUGACCCAGGACAGCGCGACAGUGCCUCCCCUCCAAGUCUACGAGCCACGCGUGUCCUUCACCUUCAACCGCGUCAACUCGGGCAGCCCGACCAUCGCGCACCGCGACCACCACGACGAGAAGCGGUACGAGGGCAUGAGCGGCCAGAUUGAAAUGCCCCGCCCCGUCAGCGGCGUGAGCUCCCUCUCGGGAUACUCGAGCGGCAUUCCCGCUUCCGUGCACGAUACCUGGGACCCGACCGAGUUCACGAAGCCGUGGGGCGCUGACCGCGCCCCCAGCAGUGCGUACAGCGCGAGCAUUUACACGACUCCCCUGGCGCCUGCGGGGAGGGUGCCGUCUCAGCUUGCCCAGCAACAACGUGUACCAUCACGGCCGCCCCAGCAGCAGGUAGUGCGCGAUGAUAUCAGCUGGCUCAAUUUGGGGGAGCAAAAUGGUCGGUGAUGGGGUGCUCGGUUCGGUUGUUGCUUCUGUCUAUCCCUUUUCCACUAAAAAAUUGUCUGGUCGGCUGCUUGUUUGUUGUGUCUCUGUCGUCAUCGUUUGUUUGUUCUUCUCGUCACUCAUUCUUC